AUGACCUGGUCAGACCGUAACCCCAUUCGCAUGCGACUCAAGUCCCCCUUAUUCCGACCCCGCCAGACCUCCUUGCACCUCAACGAGUCUCUUCUCACCGAUCCCACCCUGGUGGACACUACCAGGAAAACCUUCCAGGAUUACUUCACCACCAACGAGACGGGGGACACAAUGCCCUUGACAUGCUGGGAAGCACACAAGGCAGUGGAUAGGGGUCAUUUUAUCGCAAUCCGCUCAAAGCAAAAAAAAACCAAACACUCAGGCGGUAACAGACCUCAGCAAAGAAAUCGCGAUAAUAGAAAGCCAACACAAACUGACACUAGAGGCAUCAACAUACCAAGAUCUCCUCCUCAAAUGCACCCAGCUCACCACAUACCUGAACCGCACAAUCCAACGCUCAUUCCAACACCUGAUAUAUGAACAUGGGAACAAGUGCGGCAGACUCCUGACUAAUCUGCUAAAACAAAGCAGAACCCAACUAUACAUUCCCAAAAUUAAAGACGCUGCUCAGCGGGCCCACCACCUCCCGGACCAAAUCUCCUCUACCUUCCUUCAAUACUACAAAGAUCUAUACCAUAUUCUUUGAGGAACACUGGACACUGAGGCACUCCGAAGGAGCGAAGCCAUACGUAUCUAUCUUGCCACUUCGCCAGAUAGAUGAGCAUGACUGCGAAACACUGGAAACUCGCAUCACACCGGAAAAACUGGCGCUCGCCAUCAAAAAAGCGAAGACUGGCAGAUCACUGGGACCCGACAGUCUGCUUCUCCUAUAA